UCUUUUUAAUGCACACAUUUUCCAUUUCUCUCCCUCUACAACUUUUUAGAAAGAAAGUAGGACCUGACAACGAAGAAGAUGAUGAUCAUCAUCAUCAUCAUAAAGAUUCCUCUCUAGUUUCUUUCUUCGUUCAUCGAUUUCCUAAUCUGACAUUUGAUCAACCAAUCUUCUCUGUUUUGCAGAAUUGGUCCAAAUAGAAUCUUCUCUGUUUUGCAGAAUCUUCUCUGUUUUUCUUCUUCUUCUUUUACGAUCUGUCUGCUUUCUCUAUCGUUGUUUUCAAGAUCUUCGUAAUUUCCAGCUAUUAUUCUUACAAAUCUGGCUAAAUUUUAUGACAUCUCAUCGAAUUUAGCAAACCCUUUUGUCUGAAAUCUAAUCCUUGACUCAAUCUCUGUCCCAAAAUCAGAACUUUUUUUUUUUUUGUUGCUCUGUUUUCGACUUGGUUGAUUAAAAUGGGUUGUGCGAGCUCGAAGAAUCGGAAUCGUUGCCGUAAUUGCAAAGGAGGAUUAUCGCCGGUGAUUGUGCCACGAAGCUAUUCAAUGCACGUUCAUCAUCCAGCACAACACACCGGCGAUAGUUAUCACACUGUGGCUCUCACUUCCUCCACAAUUGGAUCUCUUAGUCUUUGUGAUUCUUCUCUCAGGCAUUUUCACAAACACUUGGAAGACUCUAUUUACAAGCAACGGGUUUCCGAUCAAAUGGGUGAGGAGAAGCUAAUCUCCGGUAAUGGGUUUCUUCACGGCGAUGAAGAGAAUGAUAUAAUUAAGGUCAGAGAGUUCAGAGAGAAGAUGAAUUUGGAUUUGCAAGCUAAGGUUAUUGAAGCUAGGGUUUGGUCAAGUAUGAUAAACGAGAAAAUCCCUAAGAUUGUGCCUAAAACUCCAAUAGUGACACCUCCUGGAGAGCCAGAGACGAUCAAUACGUGGGAAUUGAUGGAAGGUCUUGAAGAUGUUAGUCCUUUACGAUCACCGAAUCACUUGAGAAGCUUCUCGUUUGAUGUUGUUCGUAUCCAACCUAAUCAUGAUGAUGAUGUUGAUGUUGAUGUUUCGUUUGAUCGUGCUAAAUCAAGGUUUCAUGAGAAUGUGAAGUCCAAUAGCAGAGUUGAUGAUUUGGAGCCACCUGAGAUAGUUUCAACUUUCACGAAAUCGCUUCAAGAAAAAGGGAACUGCAAAAGAAAGAGUUUAGGUAAAGAAAAAGUGAGACUUUACUUCACAAGCCUUAGAGGUAUAAGGAAAACAUAUGAAGACUGCUGCAAUAUCCGGAUAAUACUGAAAAGCUUAGGAAUUCGGAUCGAUGAGCGCGAUGUUUCAUUGCAUUCGGGUUUCAAAGAUGAGCUGAAGAAGCUAUUGGAGGAUAAAUUUAACAAUGGCGUUGGAAUAACACUGCCUAGAGUUUUCUUGGGGAACAAGUAUCUUGGCGGAGUGGAGGAGAUUAAGAAGUUGAAUGAAAAUGGGACACUUGAAAAGCUGAUAAAAGACUGCGAAAUGGUUGAAGAUGGCUUAACGGGUUUUGGUAACGAAUGUGAGGCUUGUGGAGAUGUUCGGUUUGUGCCGUGUGAGACAUGUUCAGGCAGCUGCAAAAUUUACCAUGAAGGCGAAGAAGAAGAAGAAGAAGAAGAAGAAGUUACGGACUAUGGAUUUCAAAGAUGUCCAUAUUGUAAUGAGAAUGGAUUGAUCAGAUGUCCUGUUUGUUGUGAGUGAGUCAAUAUACAAAACUCAGUUUCCCUUUUUUUUUGGGGUUACUAAUUUUUCAUUUUGUGACCGUGUUGAGGCUCGAGUAGAUAUUGUUUGUAUUGUUCAGUGGGGUUCUAAUUGAUAUGGAAAGUAGAUUUUAGGUCACACAAAAUUUUGACAAAAAAUUGAGGGAAGUUGGGGUGUUAUUGUAACACAAAACCAAAACAAUAGAAAAGUAUCUGUUUUCGUA